GGAAACGGUGCUUCACAACAACAUAAACAACAUUAAACAAAAUGGCCGCUGUUAUGUAGAUAUUUUUGAUAAAUCAAGUUCUAGCGAGAUUUUAGGGUAACAGAAUGAGCUUCUACAAUUAUGACUUAUGCUUGCCAGUAACCUGGACUGUUGAAGUUGAUGAGUUUACUGUUGAUAAAGGAUGGAUUGCUGGUGCCUUCUUUCUAGGGCUGUUCAUUGGUGGAGGUCUAGCAGCUCUUCUUAUACCAACAUGCCUCAAAGACUGGGAAAAGAAGAAGUUAACCUGUUGUGGCAAGAGACAGGAUGAGGAAGAGAAUAUCCUUAUAGAUGAGGAUGACACGGCCCAUGCUGAAUACACCCCUGAAAAGAAAAAGAUGAUAGAUGAUGUAAAUGGUAGAGAUGGAGGAGGCAAGAAGUCCAAGUUUGCCGCGGCAACAGCUUUCUUUAAACGUAAAAAGAACCAAGGAAACCAGCAAACAGAGACCAAGGAUACCAAGGGCUGGGUUCAAGCAGAGGACAAAAAUAAAACACAGUCAAUUGGAACAGACUCUAUUGGCUUGGUCACAGUUUUAACCAAGCAAAAUAGCGGAGAAGCGGAUGCAGAUCUGACGAAACAGGACAUAAAUGAAAUGGAGAAACUUGAUAAAGAUCAGAAAGAUGCCAAAGAUGAUAUGAUGUUAAAGAUGUUGAAAAUGAAGUUGAGAAAGAUGAAGGGUAAAGGUCAGAUCGGUGACCCCUACUUGGCUGACUUCACGCAGAAAAUAAUUGAUACCCGCAAGAGUAAUGAUGAAAUAAUUGCCAUGGACAGACAAGAAGGGGAAGAUGAACUCAAAAAGAAACAUGGAAAGAACAAAGCGCUGCUGGAUAGUGAAAUAGACAAUCUUAACAUUAGGCUAGAUGCUAAAAGGAAUCAGCUGGAGAAAGAUGAACUAGAGAGGAUACGUGGGGAAUUGUUACGCACAUCUGGACUCACUGAGGCUGAGGUAGAAGACCUGAUGGAGAAAUUGAAGCAAGAAAUGGCAGAGUUUGACAGGCGUCAGGCUUUGGAGCAAGCCAGGCAAGCACAGCAUUUGGCAGAGAGGCUUGAAAAGCGGCGACAGUUGCUGGAAUUCCGCCGUCUCCAGGAGCAACAGAGCAAAGGCAAGGUAUCGGAGGAAGUGAAGGCAUUUGAGGAACCUCUCGAUAAACUUGUACAAGACGGCAAACUCAUUGAUAGACAGAAGAAAGAAAUACUUGAUGAACAUGAGAAGAAUUUACAGAACUUGCAGAGGCAGCAUGAAAUUGAUUCAAUGCGUCUCCAAGCCGACCUUGCCGAGAAGUUGCAGAAACGCCGAGAACAGAGAAUGAACAAACUGGAAGACAAACACAUGAAAGAGAAGGCCAACUAUUUACAGAGGUCGGAAAAAAGCACAAAUUCAGCAGAAUUUAGCGCAAAUUAUCAGAGUUUGUUACAACAACAGCAACAGGAAGUAGAGGAGACACUGACAGAACUGGACCAGACAGAAGUACAAGAAUUAGACAAACUUACACAGAAUCUUGAAGCCCAGAAAAGCAAGUCAAUUCAGGAGACCUCAGAUAAGAUGGUACAGUCUGUUGCACAGAUGGGACAGCUUCCGGACAGUGAUGUGAAACGUAUUAUUAAAUUACAUAAUUUACGCAUGGAUGCCUUCGAUCAGCGUCGUCGAGAAGAGCUGGAGAGAACGCGAGCGAGACUUCAACAGAAAAUGCAAGAGAGAAUGAAGAAACUGGAAGAAGACCAGAAACAAGACGAGGCACAGAGAGAAGCCAUCUUGGAACAGCAAGAUGCAACUGUGAAACGUGUCCUCAACAGCAACAUUGAUCUAUCAGAUGAAGCUAAAGAAAAGAUCCUAAAGGAACAUGAGAGAAACAUGCAGUCACUGAACAAUCAGCUAGCCAGAAGUAAAGCCAAACAACAAAUGAGUUUGGAACACAAGCUGAGUCAGCGUAAAGCUCGUCUUGCGGAAAUACAAGCCCAGCAAGCCGCCAUUAUUGCAGACAAGAAAAACGCUUCGGAGAAGGAAAUACAGCGUCUACAGGCUGCAUUGGACCAAGAGAUGGUACUGUUUGAAAAGGAAAGGCGGGAAGCAGAAGCAAGUCUAAGAAGACGAUUGGCUGUUGAAACUGAGGCUGCCCUAGCCCAGCAGGAGAAGGAACUGGCUAUACUGAUGGGUAGAUUAGAGGUUGGACAUGCAAGAAGACAAGCUGUGCUGCAGAAACAAGACCAGACGCUCAAAGAUUUACAGGAUGUAAAGAGACAGCAGGAACAGCUGGAGAGUAAGAUAGAGGAUGGUCGACUGUCAGCAAACAGGGCGGACCAGAUCAUACAACAGCACUAUAACGAGGUAGAACAUGUCAAUGACAAGAUACAGAUGAACAGAGAGAGACAGGAACAGAUGAUCAAUGAGAAAAUACAAGCCAAGAAAUUUGCUAAACAAAGGGAGAUAGAAGAUGUAAUUAACAAAGAGAAACAGGAAAUGAUGAUGGCAAGGAAACAAGCAGGAGCUGGUAUGGCAAGUCAUAUCCUGAACAAGGCUUUGAUGGAGCAGCGACACAAGAAAGCAAUGGAGGAGCUCGAGAAAGAGAUGCAGCUAGAACUCGAGAAAAAUCGAGAACAGCUCAACGCAGAGCUUCAGAAAUCUUUAGAAAAAGAACUUGAAACUCACAAGGGAGAAUUCUUGAGCCAGCUUGCUGCUGCAAGUAAAAAGUCACCAUCAGAUUUGCAGGAGGUGUCCAAUAAUGCUGGCAUGGGAAAUGACAGACGGAAAGGCAGUCGUUUUACCAGAGAUUCAGUGCCUGAGUACGGUAAAACCAAGUCAACUCUUGGCAUGAUGGAAGAAGACUCAGAGGAAGAUUACAGACAAUCAUACACCAGACCUCAUUCAGCUGUCAUGACAUCCAAAGAUCAUCCUCAUCGUGAAAGCAAGAAGAAAAAGAAGAAACAUAUCUUCGGUCCGCAACCCGCUCGUCCAGCUUUUAGUACUUCAACGGGAGAACAGAUUCACAGUGCAUGGGACUUAGAUGAUGAAUUAUUGUAGCAGUGAUAAACUAAGAUUUAGAGAUUUAAAGAAGUAUACUCAGCGACGUUCUAUCAAGAAAACGCUUCCAUUUCACUAUGGCCAACGUCCUGAUGGUAGUUUAUGCAAACUAAAACUCCAUCAUGUGUAGAAAAUAUUCCUCAAAUUAUAUGUUUUUAGGUAAAAUUGUGAAACUGGAUACACUCAGGUAUUUGUUUUCAGACAUUACCGGUAAUACCACUAGAUAUGAUAAUUGUUUUAAGUAAAUAUGCGUUAAAAAUUUGUUAAAGUCUGUUGAUGGUGCUUUAAGCGUUCAGUUCAAAAUACUCACUGUUCACAUAGUAAAUUUAUGAUUCACUGUUCACAUAGUAAAUUUAUGACUUGGCGGCACUGGCAUUUUUGUACAUAAUAUCAUGAAUGUGCUACUUCAUUCACUUGAACAUGCUAUGAAAAAAUAUAUCACUUCAGAUAAGAAAUUUCUUUCAUCGUACAGUAAAAUUAGAUGUUUCUGCGGACCAAAAUUUCACACGUUCAUAUUCAUUACAAGGUAGUCUCAGACAUCUUGACAAGGAUUGAAAGUUGUGUAAUUGAAAAGUUAUCAAAAUAAGCAAGUUCAUUUUGGGUUGUUUUCUAAUUAUCCCUCCAAAGAAGUGCCAGUAACUCGUGUAUUUUAUGUGAACCUGUACACUACAACAAUACUCUUUGGCACAGUAAAAGCUAAUAACAAAUGCGGCCACUAUAUAAGUAUAGAUUUGAACAUCAUUGUUGAUUUGAACAUCCAUGUUGAUACAUACUUGUUGAUUGGAAUAAACAUGUUGAUUUCAACAUACAUGUUGAAAUGAACAUAUGUGAUGAUCUGAAGAAAUUGUUGAUUUCAACAUACAUGUUGACUUGAACAACCAUGUUGAUCUGAACAUACGUGUUUAUUCGAACAAAGAUGUUGAUUAAAGCGUAUGUGUUGAUUUGAACAUACAAUAUGAUUUGAACAUAUAUGUGUUGAUUGGAAACGUGCAUUUAUUUGAACAUACAUGUUGUUUAAUGUUCACAUACCCUGAAUAAUGUUUGCAUGAAAAUAGAAGACAUAAAAAAGAAGGCAAAAAUUAUUGCCUUGCGAGUGUUUCUGAUUUUGCUUUACACUUUAUAAGAACUGAUCUCCCGACAGAAACUGGGUAACAUGUGUUGUUACACAAUAUGUAUCUGAUGAUACAACAAAACAAGGGGACAUUAUAAUUCGAUCAAUGUAGUAGUAAUACAAAAUUUUCAGGAUGGCUUGUUAAUGUGUUGUUUUAACUUUGUUUUCAACAUCUGUUGCUACGGCAGGUGUUAUUUCAUUAAUGGAGUAGGCCAGUGGUUAUUCUUUAUUUAACUGUUGUUAUUAGAAUGUGAAAUUAUGAAUGAUAAAUUUACUUCCACCGCCAUAGUUUCGAACAACUUGCUUUUAAAUUUUUGUAAGUUGUUGUAAACAUUUAAGCUUUUUUUGAGCAUCAGUAUACUUAAGGUACUUCAAGCAUCAUUGUGCUCAUGUGACUUACUUUGCAUCAGUUACCUUAAAAUAGUAGAAUUGUCAUUUUUAAAGUCGAAGUUUUCUAUCACUUGUAACCCUUGAACUGUUUUUCUGUAUGUAGAUGGUAAUAUUUGUAGUUUAAACUGUUAUUGUCUACAUGUUAGGUUUUUAUGCCCCCAGCAUCUACUGAUGCGGGAGGCAUAUAGUGAUUUUCCUGUCCAUCCGUCCAUUCGUCCGUCCAUCCGUACGAGGUUAACCAAAUGGGACCGUUUCGUCUAGCAUCAAUACCCCUUACUAGAAUGACUUGAUACUAAUGCAGAUGUAACAUGUGACCAUUCCUCAUCUUCAGACAUCACCUGACCUCAGUUUGACCUUGACCUUGACCUCAUUUUGGACUUAGGUUGCUUUAUAUGGGCCAUCUCUUGGUUAACCAAAUGGGACCGUAUCAUCUAGCAGCAAUACCUCUUACUAGAAUGACUUGAUACUGAUGCAGAUGUAACCUGUGACCAUUCCUCAUCUUCAAACAUCACCUGACCUCAGUUUGACCUUGACCUUGACCUCGUUUUGGACUUAGGUGCAAAAUCUGUCGACAAGGAUGCCACUGGGGGCAUCAAGCGUUUAUUAAAGGUAGCUCCUUGUUUAUACCAGUAACAGUAAAGAUUAAAAAAACACAUCAUACUUAAGCUUGUCUAAGCACAAUGCCAAUUAUCUUAAAACAUUAAUUUUGAAUUCUCAUUAAACACUUCUUUGGGCUGACAACUUAAAUUGUUUAAACCAUCACUGUAUAUGUAUUAAUUAAUAAAGUUUUUUUUUACAUUGAUAACCUUUAGACUUUUGAUGUCUUGUUAUGUAAGUUCUUUUUAAUACUGUUAAGAACUUGCAAACAUUUUUGAGCUUUUUAUAUAUAACUCUGUAACAUGAUCCAUCCAACAUUUAUGGCAGCAUGUUAAAAAGCAUCUCUGUGAUACUGAUGUUGAUAUUACCGGUACCCUGCUUUUAUAUACCAAUGGGUAAAUUUUAUAUUUUUACUCACAAAAUAAUUGCAUUUAAAAUUUUUACGUGCGUUAAUUCUGAUUUACUGAAAAGAUCACAUUUUGUUUACAGAGUUUUGUUGCAUGUGGGUAGUGUGCUUGUCCAGAAGUGGGGCUUUGGGUAAAACAGUCCCAAUUAAAUUUUAGUUACCUCAAAUGUUGUCAUCAUCACUUCAUGUAUUGAUAGCAUCUGUUGGCUGUUAUAGGUUUUAGGGGUAUUUGACCUAUAGCAGUGCCUGGUAAACCAGAGGUUUGCCAAGAAGACUUUAGUAGCAUCUGUUUUUAGCUGUCCUUUCACUUUUUAUCACCUUUUUCAGAUUAAUCAAGAAAAUGUUUGUGAUGAUAUUUUUUUAUAAAUAGAUUGUAGUUUUGCCAAAUGAUGGGAAUGUAUGUCAUUUCAAUGUUUGAUUUUGUUACAUAUAAAUUUAUUAGUCAAAAUGAUUUUAGUGUAAGUUUACAUAAUAAUGAAAAUGCAAUGUGGAAUGUCCUUUGAAUCAGUAAGUUGCGUGCUAAAAGUAUUUUUGUACUGCAAAUACAUGUUAAGCAAAGAUGCUAAUUUAUGGCUGCAUGCAGUUCUAAUAUACAAGAAUAUUUGGUUAAAAUACCGUAGUUACCCAUGUAUAAUGCGCACCCAUGUUUUAUGUGCACCCCUCGAUUUAAGCCCAAAAUCCUGGGGAAAAAACAUUUUUGGUCAAUUUUGAGGUGGAUGGAAAACGAAAGUAGAGUUUACAUCGACACUGGUAAUAAAUUUUAUCUCUGCGGCGGAGAGCACAUCGGUCUCUUUAUAUGAAAUUAAUUUUGUUUGAAAGAAAAAUAAACCAUUCGAUCUUUUACGGUACAUAAUGGCAAUCUUAGAUUUUAGUGGUGACAGUAAGCGCGGGGAGUAGUUUUCCUUUUUUCCAAAAUGGCGAACAUCAGUAAUAAACUUGUUUUGAAGUUGGAAAAUUGUCUAUACCUGUGUAUUAUGCGCACCCACGAUUCAGCAGCGGUUCCGGGGGUCAAAAAACUGCGCAUUAUACAUAGGUAUCUACGGUAUGUUGUCAAAAGCAUAUAUCUGAUUGACAAUUAAUUAAUAGAUAAUUUUUUGAAGCAUGUAAUGUUGUCUUAAGUUGAUGAACAAUUUGAUGGAUUGAAUACAAAGUAUAUCUUAAGUACAUUACAAUAUUUUGACCUCAAAUUAACCAAAAGAAUGCUUAAAAUAUUUUAACCAAAACUAUUUUUCAAAACAAUAACAGAUAAAAGGAGAUUUUGUGUAGUUUUAUUAGAUUUGCCCAUUUUAGAACACAAGGCAGACAUGUAAUUUUAUCUUUGACAGCUGACUGUGAAAUAGUCGUUAGUUUCAAAACAACCUUUUUGUUUUACAAUACGGGUUUUAUUUCAUAAUUCUUGCUAGGAAACAAUUUAUUUAUACAUCCUCUUUUGUAACAAAUGUUCCAGAUUAUAGAUAAUGUUUUUCCCAUUAUGCUGUAACAAAAGGUCUACAUAAUGGACAGUAUUUUUAUUACACAAUGUUCUGAAUAAUUUUAUGUCAUGUAAUCUGUCCAAAAAUUGUGCCAGAUUUGUAUACAGACACAGACAGAAUCUUUAUGUUCUUGGGUCCUUUGACUUAAAUGCCAAUUUAGGGGCCUCUGUGGCCAAGUGGUUAAGGUUGCUGAUUUAAUUCAGAUCAGUUGCCUGUCAUCGAUGAUGGUUCAAGCUUCGCUUGGGGCGUUGAAUUCUUCAUGUAAGAAAGUCAUCCAGCUGGCUUUAGGAAGGUUGAUGGUUCUGGGGUCUCUCUCUACCAUCAAAAGUUUGAAAGUUGCCAAAUGAACUACAAAUGCGUCAGUGUUACGUUAAAUCCAACAAAUGAAUGGCAGUUUUUGCAUGCCAGAGCUUUACAGAAUAUUCUUUUAUUACCAUUGGAGAGAACAAAUUAACAUAAUCAAAAAGUUGUCUGAAUAAAUUAAGAGAAAGGAGAAUUCUUUUGUUUAAUCAUGAUUUUAACAAGCAUACAAUUUUGCAUUAAUCACAAUGGGUUCAAACUAUCUGAGGAAAACUUUUUUUAAGGGAAAAAAAUGACCAAAAGGCCAACCAUAUGUUUAUAAUAUAAACGAGUGGAAAAAAGUACAUUUCUUAUAUCAUAAAAAUGAUGGAUUUUUGUAGGUAGGAUAACUGUCAAUACUUCUGUAUGGCCAAAUUCUUACUACACAUGUGUAGUAUUCAGUAUACAUAUUUUUUAUACGUGUAAAGUGUGCAUAUUCAAAUCAAAACCUAUCAUGUUGCUCAUAAUUAUUGUGUAUAGUUGCUCACAUUUUAUCAUUUAAUUGAAAAUAUGCUCUUGUGCCUUUCUUAUUGUUAAUUUUGGGCAUUACUUGGAUCUGUCUGUAACAUAAUCUGUUGUAAAAUUGUUUUCAAGAAUAAAACUUGUGUAAGCAAUUUUUUUUCCAGACAUAUUAUAUAGAAUUAAAUUUUGUAGACAGCAGCUGGUAGGAAGACAUACGAUAUUUUCCUGAACAAAUUUGUUUGAGAAGCUUAAUUUUCUUAAUUUUCUUCAGAGGAUUGCUGCUGUAGAUAAAUAAUGUAUGAUUAUUGAAAUUUUUUAACAAGUCUGGUCUUUUUUUCUCUUUUUCAUUGCCAGAUGUAUUUGUUUAAUUUUGUACCAUCGCUUUUGACCAGUUAGAAGAAUAGACUGUAACAAAAUAGUCGAGUUAAAUAAGAAAUUGUAAAGAAUUUUUAGAUGACCUGACUACAAAGUGCUUGAGAUGAGCUAUUGCAGUUACUUACCAUUUGUCCAUUUGUUAACCACUUUCUUUAAUGAACAUUUCCUUUGAAACUUUUUGCUGGAAGUCAAUGAAACUUUGAUUUUCUUGAAUGGUUCUCUUCUUGUUAUACAUUUCUGCACUUAUGAGGCCACCAUAGCCAGAAAUAGGAAAAUCUUCAAAAGACGUCUCCUCCUAAACUUUUGAUCUGAUUUUGAAAUAAUUGAAUUAAAUAUCACAGAAAUUUACUUUUGUUUGAUCUCUCCUAAACCUGUUAAAAGCCAUCUUGAUCUGUCGAAACCAAAACAUGGCUGUCAGACAGGUCUAGUUUUUCUUAUAUGGCUUAUGGUAAACUUUGAAAAUCUUUUCAAUUGAAUCAGCAGGCCAUUUUUCAAAGUAAUUUGGCAGAAAUGUUUGGGAAAUAGAUUCCGUUCUAACACGUUCAAAUUACACCAGGAAGGGAUACUAAUCUGGAAUGAAAUGUGGUUUUAAAUACGAGGGAGUAAACUGGAAUAACCAAAAGUAGGUCGUUUUGCGAAACCUGUUCUAAUCGACAAGACAUUACAUGGUGAAAUCCUUCUUUGUUUAUAUAAAAGAAAAUCUGAAAAGUGUUAGAAUUCUUGUAUACAUGCUUAAACUGUGAAACUGUACUGAGCAAUAUAGGGCCAUCAUGGCCCUCUUUUGUCAAUUAAGAUUUUUAUAUGACCCUUUAGGUAAUUGAAUGCAAAAUUUAAAUACACAGAGAUUUUCAUUUUACUUCGAUUACAAACUUACGUAGGAUGACAGUUUUCUUAAUGUUAUCAAUGAUAAUAAGUGAUUGGAUUGUUCAUUUUCAGCUUGACUAUUUGAAGAAUAGGUAGAGCUAUUGGACUCGCCUGUUUUUCGGAGUCUGUGCCGGCAUCCUGAUUUGGUUAAAUUUUUAUAUGUAAGCUGGUAUUCCAGUAUCCAUUAACGGGAAUGGAUUGCAAUGCACACACUUGUUUACUGUGAUGAGCUGACAUGCUGUGUACAGGUUCCAUAACUCUACUUUGCAUUUUUUUUUAUGAAAUUAUGCCUGUAUUUCAACUUUUCUAUUCAGGCUGUCGAAUAGUCGAGAAUUGCUGUCCUCCAACAGCUCUUGUUCUUUGCAGUAGCCUUAACACUAUUCUGUGGUAUUCUAUUAACGACAGAUUGUACUUUAACGGAAUUUUAUGUACUAGAUCUACUUAUAGAUUAAUAAUAAAAGUCAUCUUGGAAGUAAUUAAAAACAUUUUAUUGUAGUAUUUUACCUGCUUUAUUGCCAAUCAUUUUAUUAAAGUACACAUACUCUUUAUUUCUGUAAAAGUACAUUGAUUUUAAAUUUGUAUCCAGGUUUAAUUUGUAUGAUGUACAUAAUUUAUUUAUUGAAGUAGAUUCGUAGUCAUUUGCAGUAGGGUUUUUUCAUGUAAUUCUUAUAAUUUUAUUGGCAAUAAUAAACUUGGUUGAUAUUUGUGCCAUUGCAAUAAAAAAAAAUUUCAACGUUUUUUUUAGCAACAUCCUGAAAUUUGGUACCGGUACUUUUUAUUAAGAAAAUACAACUUUGGAGUGUUCGGAGUUCAUUCAGAGCUGAAAAUAAGAAAUCUUAACAUGAGACUGUUACGGUAUAAACUGGGGUUCAGUGCUGUAAGACGGUCCCUGUAAGUGUAAUGACUUGAGGGGAGAGGGGAGGGGGUGAAGUGGGUGAGGGUAAUAUUUAUCCAUUUGUAAUGAUUCAAUAACCUCUAAUAUUUCAUACCCAUUGUUUCAUCUGUGAUUUAUAGUCUUGGAACAAUGACAUUUAGAACUCUUUUAAUUUACAUUUUGUAUCAAAUUUUGUAGUUUGUUAUUACUUUUUUUUUCUCUUUUUUUAUAUAUUUAUAUUAUAACAUUUUGAAAACUGUUCCUUGUUGAAUGUUUUUUUUUUUUAUAUGCGAUCUGUGAUAUUCUUGUUUCUUAUUUAUAUGACAUUGUUCUUGUUGAUGAUUGUUAGUAAACUUUGUAUCCUAGUAAUUGUAUCAUUUUAUGAAUCGUGAAGGAGCACGCCAGCAGAUUUAUGUCAGAGUUUUCAAAUUUUAGAAAUUACUUUCAUAUAUUAGUGAUUGAACAAAAAAUAAAAACAAAGUGAUUCAAUAAGUUUUAUAGGAUAGUUUAUUUGUCUAUAAUAACACUCUAUGAUACUCUAUUUAAGAAAUAAUGUAUAGAAAAACUGUGUUUUAACUUUAUUAAUACAUAUAUGUCAGUGGAAUAAUUUCACGAGGGCGUAGCCGAUUUUGAGUGUAUUAAUUUAGGUAAAACACGAUUUUGCUAUACAUUAUUUUGAUUCUAAUAUGCCUGUAAUCUAAAACAAUAGAUAAAAAAAAUAUUGUAGCGCUCUUUCUUUGUCGCAACAAAAACAUUGACGUCAUCGCGUGUUAACGUGACGUCAUUUUAGCGUAAGGGUGUUUUAACAGGAAUUUUAAUUCAUAACUGUCUGUUUACACAUGAAAUCACCUAUAACCGUGAUCAAACUACCAGAUGAGUAGAUGCUUACAAGUGCAAAGAAAGCAUCUUCAUUGAUAGACGAGGUCUCGUUUUUAGUGAGAUUUUGCUCAGUAUUCAUGUGAUAGUUUCAGAGCUAUUUUAUUUUAUAGAUCUUUGCCCGUUUAUUGGGAUGUACAUCUGGAAGCGUGUUCCUUUCACAUGUUUGUCAUUUCUGUUGAUCAGAGAUGUUUCCAUAUUUCUUGCUUUGCAGAAGGGAUUAAAGUCUUCUUAAGUUUGAUAAACAACUUAUUGCCGUUUUUUUUGUCUAAACUGAGUAGAUUUUCUGUUAACUUUUAAGUUUAGAAUUUGAUAACAAAAUUAAAGAUAUAAACAAUUAGAUGCAUUGAAGAAUAUAUAUUACUAUAUUGGCUAAAUUGGAGAAAGUGUCUCCUGGCCCAUUGACAAUCUACACUGCCUUUGCGACCAAUGCAGCCUGCAUGUACAUGCAGGCUGAUCAUGGUCUGCACUGUUCCAAUUCAGUCUGUAAAUUUUCAGUGAACAUCCCUUCCAAUAAUAAAUGGUACUACCCAGAUUGUAUGAUGGACCAGUCCAUUUUAGAAAUUCAGUAGGCUAAAUAUUCCUGUAUUAUGUUACACUGGAAUUUAUUUUAAAACUAUUUAUUGAUAACAAGUUGGUAGAAGUAUAUUUGAAAAAUCUACUGUUGUCUGGAAUCCAGUGGAUAAUUUCUUGAUACAGAACUUGUCAACCUUGCAUUUAGAAAGUUGUUUUUAGCUUGACUAUUCGAAGAAUAGUCUAGCUAUUCUACUCACCCUGGCGUCGGCGUCGGCGUCACACCUUGGUUAAGUUUUUGCAUGCAAGUACAUACAGCCAUCAAUUAAAGGCAUAUAGCUUUGAAACUUAUUUGACCCUUUUCUAGGUCAAUUACCAACCUCUCUGGGUCAAGUCCCAUAACUCUGACAUGUAUUUUGAUCAAAUUAUGCCCCCUUUUGGACUUAGAAAAUUUUGGUUAAAGUUUUACAUGCAAGUUACUAUCUCCAAAACUAAUGCAGAUAUUGACUUGAAACUUCACAUGUGUCUUCGGGGUUAUAAAACUAGUUGAUAGCAGCAAGUCCCAUAACUCUGACCUUCAUUUUGGCCAAAUUAUGCCCCCUUUUGGACUUAGAAAAUUCUGGUUUAAGUUUUGCGUGCAAGUACAUACAGCUAUUUCUAAAAGGCAUAUAGAUUUUAAACUUAUUUUUUCUUUUUCUAGAUCAAUUACAAACCUCACUGGGUCAAGUCCCAUAACUCUUACAUGUAUUUUGGGAAAAUUAUGCCCCCUUUUAGACUUAGAAAAUUUUGGUUAAAGUUUUACAUGCAAGUUACUAUCUCCAAAACUAAUGCAGAUAUUGAUUUGAAACUUCACAAGUGUCUUUGUGGUUAUAAAACUAGUUGAUACCAGCAAGUCCCAUAACUCUGACCUUCAUUUUGGCCAAAUUAUGCCCCCUUUUGGACUUAGAAAAUUCUGGUUAAUGUUUUGCGUGCAAGUACAUACAGCUAUUACUAAAAGGGAUAUAGAUUUGAAACUUAUUUUUUUCUUUUUCUAGAUCAAUUACUAACCUCACUGGAUCAAGUCCCAUAACUCUUACAUGUAUUUUGAGCAAAUUAUUCCCCUUUUUGGACUUAGAAAAUCCUGGUUUAAGUUUUGCGUGCAAGUACAUAUAGCAAUUACUAAAAGGCAUAUAGAUUUGAAACUUUUUUUUUCUUUUUCUAGAUCAAUUACCAACCUCACUGGGUCAAGUCCCAUAACUCUGGCAUGUAUUUUGGGCAAAUUAUGCCCCCUUUUGGACUUUGAAAAUUCUGGUUAAAGUUUUACAUGCGAGUUUCUAUCUCCAAAACUAAUGCAGAUACUGAAUUAAAACUUCACAUGUGCCUUCGGGGUUAUAAAACUAGUUGAUAGCAGCAAGUCCCAUAACUGAUAUGCAUUUUGGUCAAAUUAUGCCCCCUUUUGAACUUUAAACUCUUUUACUAUUUAACCUUUUUGGGUAAUAUUUUCCUGCUUCUGGGACAAUAUUUCGAAUAGUCGAGCUUGGCUGUCUUACGGACAGCUCUUUUUCUCCUCCGACUUCUUUGAAUACUGCACAAAACAAUGAAUAAAAAAAAAUUCCAGGGGUAUUUUCAGCAUCUUUCUUGUUUUCCCAUAAAAUUGUAUCUGAAUUAAUUUGCAAACUGCCUUAAAAGCAGAUUAGUUACUCCAUAUAAUAGCAAAUUAAUUUUCCUUUAAGAAAUUUGAUGAAAAUGUUGAUGAAUUUCUAGUAAACCUUUGGUCUUUUAUAUUAACUCACAUUUUCAUUUUAAAAUCAUAUGUAUAUUUUAGUAUUCUGAUUUAUAACAGCUAUAAAUAUAUUGUCUGCUUUUAGUUUUUAUUUAUAUCAUUUGGUCAUCACGCAAAUCUGUUUUAGUGAAAUCAGCUUUUUUGUAUGUAUCUACUUAACCAUGAAAAUUCCAUGCACCUUCUAUUGAUAAAGAUGGAUGAGAUUAAAAUUAGAAAACAUC